GUGGUGGUGGCGGUGGUCAGUAGAGCAGAGGUGGCAGUGCCCAUCGCCUUGCACAACUUCUGGCUUGCUUACGGCUGCACGCUUUCUGCUACCGAUCUCUGAUCAAGAGCUAAAGAGAAUGAAGGAAGUACCAAUAUUUAUAGUGACUCCGAGAUAAGCAUGAGGCCCUUAAUACCUCAGAAUGUGAUUCCGUGUGAUGCUUAUAUAUAUAUAUAGUUUUGUGAAGUGAAGGAAGCAAUGAACUGCUUUGUGCUUUCCAACCGGAUAGAAACUAGUGGCAUGGCUAGAGUGGAAGGAAAUUUGUUAUGGGUGAGUCCCGACUCUCAAGGGCGGGCUUUCCUGCAGGCAUCAGAGGAGGAGCGUUACCAGUGUGCCUCUUGGGUCCUUGUGUCAGAGGGCGGGGAGGGGUAGUACUCUGCUGCUCCCUACGACGGUAUGUAAAGCAAACAUUGCAACUAUAAGAAUGUCUAGGAACCAAUGGACCAGAAAAUUGGAAAAACUUCUGAAGCGGAUUAGAGACAAAAUCAUUGCAAUAAGUGAUUGAAAAAAAAUAUCUUCCCGACCGGAUUGGAAAUAAAAUCAUUGCAGUAAGUGAUUGGAAAAACUUUCCCCUACCGGAUUGGUGACAAAAUCAUUGCAAUAAGUGAUUAAAAAAUCUUUCGUAUGCACACUGUUACCAUUUACUAAAGCAGGAAUACUCUCUCCUUACUUCUUGAAGACGGAACCCUCAGGAUACAGACAGGUCAACUGUCCACCACCUCCCGUCCACACAUAUUGAAGAAUGAGCAUAUUAUCGUCCCUGUCACACUCGACGUAACCACAACGCUUUUUUAACGUUAUUUGAAGUUACACCAUUGCAACGUUGUUACAACGUUGCAUCAAAGUAACGACUUGUUGAAGAUACGUUGUGUGUCCGCUGGUUCACUCCUUCAACUGCCACAAGUACCUGACGACGGAGGACGUAGGAAGAAGCUAAGUAGGUGAAAGGGGAAGCCAGUAUCCAGCCGGCUCCCUCAGAGGAGAAAGGCGAGGUGGGAGUGAGUGUUCUGCUUCAUCUUGCACGGUCCUUCCCCAUCACCACCAACACCUCCCCAGCCACCACUUACCCCAGAAGGGGUGAGGAAGGCUCCCUGGGGAAGAGGAAGGCUCCCGGGGGAAAGAGGAAGCCUCCCGGGGGAAGAGGAAGGCUCCCGGGGGGAAGAGGAAGCCUCCCGGGGGAAGAGGAAGGCUCCCAGGGAAAGAGGAAGGCUCCCGGGGUAAGAGGAAGGCCCCCAAGGGGAAGAGGAAGGCUCCCGGGGGAAGAAGAAGGCUCCCGGGGGAAGAGGAAGGCUCCCGGGGGAAGAGGAAGGCCCCCAAGAGAAGAGGAAGGCCCCCAAGGGAAGAGGAAGGCCCCCAAGGGAAGAGGAAGGCUCCUGGAGAUUGAGGAAGAGCCUGGGAUGGUGUGUUCGUCUCAGGAGUGGUGGAGGCGGCUCCAGGCAGCAGGAUGGUGGCUGCUCAUCUCGUGUUGAUGAACCAUUUCUUCGUGAGCCUCACCCACAACACCCCGGACCUCGCCAUCCACGACGUUAACAGUGUGCUGGUCGACUUGGCCUGCCCCCUCGGCUGUACUCAGUGCUCGGCUGUCAACGGCUGUCUGGCCUGCAAGCCGCCCUUCUUCCUCCUGCUCCACAGGGAGGGCACGAGACAGACGGCCUCCUGCACCAGGGCGUGUCCAAGAGGCUUCUACAAGCUCAAGAAAAAGAGGAAUGGUUUCUGCGCCAAGUGUACAAUGCGAGGCUGCUCAGAGUGUCUUGGGGACCACUACUGUUCCUCCUGCAACCCUCACUAUGUCAACUUCUUCGGCAAGUGUAUUACUCAACCUCCAGAGAACGAAAUCGCUGAACUGGGAGGAAUCUUUGUCACCCGGCCGCCCCUGGGGUUCCCCGCGACUCCCGCCCCAGUCACCGCCGCCAGCCUGGACAACACUUCGACUUCACCUUCCACCGCGUUGUCCAUCCUCAUCUUGCAGGCCUCAACGACACGACCAUCGAACUCAACGGCACCCACCCGGGAGUCUUCAAUGAUGACUCCUGCAGGAAGAGGCGCAGAGACCAAGCACAAUACCACUAUGCUACCCAGCGGUAACCCUCCUUCCUCCGCAGGCAGUUGGCCCGAAGGGCCAUCACAUGCCACGUCGACGCCUUCGUCCGAUCAUGAUUCAAGACCUUGUCGAAGAAAGCACAGAAGACGAAAGGAAGGUCGAAGGCACCGGAAAGAGAGGAAGAACAGAAAAGGUGAUAAUGGAGGUCGCAGAAGAAACGGAAAGAAAGCAAACCGAAAGAAGGAAGAAAGAAUAGUGGGAAGAGAAGGCAACGCACAGGGCCACAUUAACCAUAAAUCCCGCAGAAGGGGCUGCAGAAGGCGGGAAAACAGUGACGACCAAGUUUCACAUAAAGGAACUACACGUCAGAACAGCAGCGAGAGGGAUGGGACGAUCAGCCGUAAUUUCUCACCCGCUGGCGAGAGUCAGCCUGCUGGAGGACACUCCACGAGAAACAUUGACAAACCUUCUGAUAAGUACGAGUUCCACCGAGAUGGAGAGCGCGUGAGGCUCUCGCUACUGACGGAGACGAAGAAGCUAGACAGUCGACCCACUCAUAUUGUAGAUACCAAAAAAUUCCUAUACAAAAAUCGGCCGCAGGCUAUGGUUGAGUUUAAGCUUAAAAAAACUCUCAGACUAUCAAAACCGUCGCACGCCAAUGGCCAUAGAGUCCGCCACGGACGACCCAGACGCGAACGACUCAUCAAAACGUGAUUCAUUAACCACUCAAAAAAAAAUCA